UUUUUUGUUUACUAAAUUCAGCAUUUAUUCACUAGGCAUGGAGUCGCAGAUAUUCGAGGUAUUGCAAGGCAGUUUGUCGGCCGAGCCCAAUACGCGCAUGCGUAGCGAAUUGGCGCUGAAGCAGCUGGGACUGAGUGUCGAGUUCCCGGUGGCAGCAGCAGCAAUAGCCACAACGGAGACAGUGGACGUGGCGAUUCGGCAGGCAGCAGUAGUGCAGAUUCGUGUGUACGUGGGGCAGCACUGGUCGAUUGGCUCGAACAAGUACGAGCCGGGGCCGAUUCCCGACCAGGCGGUGAAGCAGCAGGUGCGGCAGCAGGUGUUCGGUCUGCUGUCGAGCAGUUCCCGCAAGAUGCGGAUGGCAGCGGCAGCGGUAGUGUCGAGCAUGGCGCGGUACGACUGGCCAGACGAGUGGCCGCAGCUGUUUGCGCAGCUGGUGGAGCUGCUGCGCAGCGGGGCGCGGGACCAGGCGCACGCAGCAAUGUGUGUGUUCAGCGAAUGGGUGACACAGGAGAUGUCGGAGCAGAACAUCGACCAGCUGGGGACAUUGCUGCCGGAGCUGCGGCGGCUGUUUGUCGAUGGCGGGUAUGACAUGGAGACGCGGGUGAUGGCGGUCGGGGUGUUUGGCGACUGCAUUGAGAUCAUCUCAAACAUGGCGUUUACGCAGACCGAGUUUGUGGACAGACACACGCCGCCGAUGCUGCAGGAGUGGAUGGAGCCGGUGCUGGCGGUGCUACGAGAGGCGGCGUCGGGGGAGAACCUGGCGCUGAAGAGCGAGUGCGUGCGGGCGGUGAUCAAAAUGUCAGAGGGAUUUGGCAAGCACAUGGCGGCGUAUAAUGGCAUGGUGCUGGAGGCAGUGUGGGGGCAGCUGCAGGCGCUAUGCGAGCCGUUUGCAUUGGCGUUCGUGUAUGACGAGGGAGAGCGGUCUGAGGCGGCGGCUGCGCAGCUCGCGAGCAGCUCAGGGGACGCGGUUGUGGACGGGUAUCUGCUGGGGAUGUUCGAGUGGCUGUCGAAGGCAGCAGAGCGCAAGGCCAUGCGCAAGUACUUUGUGGAGCAGGGCUCGGCGACCGGGUUCUUUGUGCAGCUGACAGCAGCCUUGAUGAGUUAUGCGCAGAUCACGGGCGAAAUGCUGGCGGACUGGGCAGACGAUCUGGAUCUGUUUGUUGCCGAUGAGGACGAGGAAGGGUACCGGUUCAAUGUGCGCGUGUCGGUUCAGGAACUGGUGCAGUCGCUGAUGUAUGCGUUCCCGCGCACCUUGCCGGCGGCGCUGUGGCAGGCGGCUCAGCAGCGGCUCGAGCUGGCGCAGCAGUGGCGGCAGCAGGGCAGUGCCCACUGGUGGCUGGUCAGCGAGGCAGUGCUGUGGACGGUGGGCAUGGCGGGCAGCGCGCUGGUGGAGCAGCAGGAGGAGGGCCAGGCAGCAAUGGAGCAGAUGGAUCUGGGCGCAUUGUUCGAGACAGCCGUGUGGCCGUUGGCCCGCAGCGCCGAGUUUCCGUUCGGCCAGGGCCGUGCGUUCAUUUUCGCGGCAACCUUCGCCAAGGUUCUGCCCACGGGCAUCGCAGAGGCGCUUGUGGAAGCCAGCAGCACGGCGGUGGCCGGCGACAUGCACGCGGCGGUUCGGCUCAGCGCGGUGCGCGCCAUCGGCAACCUGAGCCGGCACCUUUCGGCAGGGCUGGUGCAGCCAUACCAGCGCACGAUCAUCGGCGGGCUGGCAGAUCUGAUCCCGCAGCUGAGCGAGGACUCGGCGCACAUAGCGCUGGAUGCACUGCAGGCGACGCUGAAGGUGGAUGCGGCGACGACGGCGGAGCUGGAGCCGAUGGUCAGCCAGGCGGUGCUGGGGAUGUGGCAGCGGUUCCCGGGGGAUGUGCUGCUGACCAGCAUGGUGAUUGACAUAGUCGAGGACCUGGCGCGCAACGAGCUGGCGUAUGCGGGGUUCUCGCAGCGCGCGCUGCCUAUGAUCGGUGAGGCGAUGGGAUCGGGUGAGGGCAUGGUGGUGGCGUCGGCGAUCGACCUGUUGGCGGGGCUGGUGAAGGGUGGGCCGUCGCCGAUGCCCGAUGGAUACACGGCGACGGUGUUCCCGGCGUUAAUGCAGGUUCUAGCGAGCAGCGUCGACAGCGAGGUUCUGCAGAGCGGGCAGGCGUGUCUGAAAUACCUUGUGCAGAAGGACGCCGAUCGCAUAGCGCAGUGGCAGGACGGGUCUGGGGUCUCGGGUGUCGCGCUUAUUGUGCGUCUGGUAGCGCGGCUGCUGGCGCCGGAUGCGUCUGAAUCGGCAGCACUGUUUGUGGGCGACCUGGUGACCAAGCUUGUGCAGAAAUGCGGGCUGGGCGGGGCAGCGCUGGCUGAACUGGUGCAUGUGGUGACUACUAGGCUGGCGACCGCGCGGACCGCAUCGUUUGCAGCAUCGCUUCUGCCUCUGUAUGCGCAGCUGGUGGUCCACCAUGCGGCCGAGGUUGUGGACCUGCUGGCUGGCAUGCAGUGCGGGCCGCAGACGGGUCUGCAGGCAGUGCUGGGCAUGUGGUGUCGGCACUACAAUGACGUGUCGGGGUACUACAGCCGCAAGGUGCAGGCGGCGGCAUUGAUGCAGCUGUUUGCGUUGCAGGACCCGCGUGUCACUGCGGUGCUGGUGCAGGGCGACCUGGUGCCCAACUCGGUCAAUGCCGGGAAAAUCGUCACCAGAUCGAUGGCCCGCUCCAACCCCGACCAGUACACGCAGGUGUCGGCGCCGGCCAAAAUCGCCAAGCUGCUGCUGGGCGAGCUGGGCGCGGAUCUCGAGGCUGCCUAUGCGCGCGUGGGUGUAGCCGGCCUGGAUGCUGCUGAGGACGACGACGACGAUGAGUGGGACGACGACGAGGAUGUGUUGAAUGAGCUGGCGCCGGCCGACCAGUACGGCGAUCUGUCCGAUCUCAUCGACGGGGGAUUCGACGACGGCGACGACGACGACGACGACCAGGACGUGCGCAACGACCCGAUCUACACGCAGGACCUGAACGAAGCCCUGGCCGCCUUCUUCCGUGCCGCCGUCGCCUCCAACCAGGGCGGGUUCCAGGAAUCCAUCAAGCCAACGCUGACUGCCAGGGAGCUCGCAAUGCUGGACAAGAUCCUGCCGCACUAGAAACCAAUGCCUUUUUAAUAGUUGUUGUGGCCAAAGGAGUUUUAUUAAUCUACUUCAAUUCCAG